AUGGACUCCUUGAUGAGGCUAACGGCUGACAAACCGGUGGUAAUAUUCGGUAAGUCCACUUGCUGCAUAUCCCACACCAUUAAGACACUCAUAUGCAGCUUUGGAGCAAAUCCCACGGUUUACGAGCUUGACGAAAUGCCCAACGGGCAGCAGCUCGAGCGGGCAAUCUUGGCGUUUUCCGGCCAGCUGUCGAGCCUUCCGGCGGUGUUCGUCGGAAAAAAAUUGGUCGGUGGAGCCGAUGAAGUCAUGAGCCUUCAUGUUAAAGGGGAGUUUGUCCCUUUGCUCAAGAAGGCUAAAGCUAUCUGGUUGUAG